UUUCAGUUUAAAUUCAUUCCUCACUCAGUGAAAACAACUUUUGAUUGUUUAACCGUAUUCCUUGCACUUGAUUAUAACACCAGUUAACUUCAUGAUGAUUUUUAAUUACAUUACAAUUGUUUUAGUUUUAAUCUCAAUCUCAGGUCAAUCAGAAGGCCGAAUUGCAAGAAAUGAAGGUUCAUUUGGAAAUAAUUCAAAACCCGAAACCAGUAGUAAAACAACUGAAUCGGUCUCUUCAACGCGAUCACCAACAUCAACGGCACUUCCUUCCUCAACUCCAUCGCCUUCAUCAUCAACCACACAAUCCGAUUCCCUGAAGGUAAUCGAUGUCAAUGGAAACAGUGUUCAACUUUUCGCUGGUUCAGGAACCAAUUUCGCUACUAAUAUUGCUAACGUCAUUCAGAACAAUCUAUCCAAAUUAACCAAUCGCCUUGCUGAUCAAAUCAGUUGGCUAAAUACAACGGAAACUGUGAACAGUCUUUGGAAUGAUAUUCGUCGAAGUGAUUUAAUUCAAUCUCCGAUUGCUAUGACUGCAGCCGGUUUAACCUUUUUUGGGUUUGUCUCGAUGAUGACUCUUUACCUUUUCCCAUCUUUGAGAUCAGCAUCAUUCCCGGUUAAUUAUAAAAGUCAACUGCAAAAAAUUGGUCAAUUGGGUCGAUCAGUGGAGGAAAUUGCAGUUACUGUUAAUAAAGCGAUUGACAGUUAUGCUCGAAGUGAACCCGAUACUUGUAUGAUGAUGGCUCUCUGUACUUUGGGUAAUGCUAAGCAAGUUUCAAGAAAAAGUCGAACCAUUGACACAAUCAAUACUUUUUUAAAUUUUCCUGGUUUAGAUGAAUUCAUUUUGUCCAAUAAAAAAUGGCGCGAUUCCCAUGCUUAUGGUCGUGAUGGUGGUGAUUGUGAGGCAAUUAAUAUGAACCAAAAAUGUCCAUUCAACUACGAUACCUGGAAGCUUUUGUUGUCGAGUCUAAGCUCGGUCAUUUGAUUUUUUUACUCGUAAACAUAUAUUAUACUUUAUUACGGGCCUUUAAUCAACUAUUUUCUCAAAUAAUAAACUUUCUUUUGGAUAAC